CUGUGAAGCAACGGCUUGGCUUUGUGGAGAGUUUGUAGUAUGUUGUUUUGAUCUUUAAUCCACCUCUUCUCUAAGACAUUAAGCCUUAAGGUCUUCUAAUGACGAUGUUUGCCUUAAAUUUUUCGUGAAAAGAUGAUGACAGGAGAUGGACGCAAGUCUCCUGUCCACGUCCAUGUGGACAGAGAGACUCCCGUACAUGUACACCUCAAGAAGAAGAAAAAAGGAAAACCUGGGGUCCCAACAGCAGUUGAGCAAAGGCUGCGAACGAAAAGACAAAGUGGUUUGACAAGAUCUACUGGUCAGAGAAAAGCCAUCAAAUCAUCUUCUCCACCUUUUGUGCCUCCUCCAGGGAAGACGUCAAAGAGAACAUUUGCAUGGGAGGGUCCUUCACAUCGCUUAGAAGUCAGCCCUCCCCAUGGAGGUGGAACACUGAGAAUGGAGGAUCUUUCUACUUCUGAGGAAGAUGAGGUACAUGGAAAGAUAAGAUCGUACGAGAAAAAGAUUGGCAGUUUGAUGUCAGAAGUUGGAAGUCUGAAAACUGAGAGAGAAAUGCAAAGAGCCAGACAAGCUGUAGAGAAGAAAGAUGAACAACUUGAUGCCUCCAGAAGAAUUCUUGAAGCACAGGAAGAUGAGCUCUUUGGUUAUAAGCAAGAGCUAAAAGCGACUGUGAAGGAAAAUGAAGCUCUGCGUCAUUCAAUAGAAAAAUGGAAGGAAGAUGCUAAUGUGACAAGGUCAGAAGUGGGAAAGUUAGCUGGAGAAAGAGCAGCUGUGUUGAAGAAACUAGUAGAAGUGGAAAUGGAUGGAAAAGCCGCUGGAGAACAGCUAAUUAAACUUAGAGACACUAUCAGGAAGCUGAAGGAGGACAAACGAAUGUCUGCUGCGGACACGACGUUACUGACCAGACAAAGAGAGAUGUUGUUACAAAAGUUGGACGAGUUUGAAAGGACUAAUAAAGCAUUGCGGAGGCUGCUUAGAGAACAACAAGCCACAGAGGAAGAACACGAUCACCUAAGAAAACAACAGGAAGUUUUGCUGAAGAGACUCACACAGUCCGACACAACGAACGAGCGUUUACAAGUCGAGUUAACAGAAAGAGACAGACAGAUAGAAACUUUAUUAGCCCAAGUUGAAGCCGAUAAGGACCAAGCGGUCGCAUUUGAAGAAUUAAAAAAGACCAUGGAAACAACGCGGGCUCAUCUUCAAAACCAGUUGCGCUCCAAGGAGAUGGAGUGUGGUCGACUGUCAGUGCAGAUAAGAAGCCUUGAGGAUCAGUAUGAACAAGGACGAAUCGAAUUAGAACACAUGCAAGGAUUGAUCGCCGCGCACAGGGACAAGAAUAGCAGAGAAAAAGAAGCUCUCAAAAAGGCGGCAAGAAUACAAAAAGAUCGCGUCAGUGAGAGGGACAAGGAUUUGGAAGUCCUACAGGAAAAGCUUGCCGAAAAAGAUCUCGUGCUGAGUGAAACAAAGAGAGCUGAAGCAAGUUUAAAAGAGGAAAAAAGCGACGCCGAGAUUGAAAUAAAAACUCUAAAAAAUCGGUUGAAAGAGAUGCACGAGUUAGUGGAUACCACAGAAAAGGCAGCCCAGAGUAACAGCGACAGUCUCACCACUAAACUGAGCACUAGAACUCAGGAAGUGAACACCCUUAGAUUGGAGAACGAACAACUCAAGGCCGACAUCGCUGCAUUAGAGGAACGCCUCCACGAGGAAGAACAAAGGGCCGCUAACAAGAUUGACAAAUAUCGGAGAGAAGCCGAAGACUCGAAGAACAGAUUGUAUGAAUACGAGGCUGAAGCACAGAAAAUGCAUCAGGAGAGUGCGCUGGAAAAUGAGAAGGUUAAAAUUAAAAUGCAGAAGAGGCUUUCUGAGCUGGAACCACUCGCGGACCUACUUAAGUCCUCAGACGCCCGUUUGCAGGAUUCUCAAGAGAGGAUUUUGGCUUACGAAAGGAGAUCGAACGAACACGCAAAACUCAUAUCUGAACUGACACAGAAGGUGGAAACGCAAACAGAUCAAUUAGAACAUCUGCGCGAGAAAUUGAGGAUGGCGCAGGAUGAGACAAGAAGCAUGCAAGCCAAGCACGAAGUCUUAGAAAGGAAAUUAGCCGAUUCUGAUCAACAAAACAGAGAACUUAUCGGAGUCAUCAGCAAAAAAGAGGAAUCUUUGUAUCAGUCACAGCAAAGACAAGAGGACCUCCGAGCGGAAAAUAUUCGACUAAACCAGCAACUGGAGUCGUCUGUUCUAGACGCCAGAAGACAGGUGGAUAGUCAAAAGGAGAAGGCUCUUGUCAAGGAGCGUGCUGCGCAUGCACGUAUCUCAGAUUUGGAAGCUCAGCUGAGCCGAGCGACCGUGUCCAUGGCAGAGCUUAAGAGAAGUAAAGAUGAGACUGAGAGGCGUUACAACUCCAAACUGUUUGACAUGAGGGACCGGCUUGAACAAGCCAACAGCACAACACGGAGUAUGCAGAAUUACGUCUCCUUCCUAAAAUCAUCAUACUCUAAUGUAUUUGAUGAACUUGAAUCGCCAAGAUGACCUACAUAUCGUUAGCUACCUUAAAAUGUUUCCUUAGUAAGACUUACUUUUAAUCAAAAAUAAUUUUUUUAAACGUCAAAACACACCUAACGCUUUUUACUCGCCUUCCUAAAAUUCGUUUUGUUAUCUGUAUAUAUUGCUGAUUACGCCUGGAAAACAUCUAAACUAACUUUUUGUCUCUAAAUUCAGCAUUUUAACUUGGUCAUUUCUAUUUACAUUUUAGUAAAUAUUUAUUAUGACUUUUAUACACACCCAAACAUCCGCUAUAUAAGAACGGAUGUAAACAUUUUAUAUUGUUAUGCAUUUGUAUAAAAGUUGUCUCGUCGUGAAAGGUCUAGGGCAAGAAAUAUGUAUCUUUUAUUUUGAUCCAUUUUUGUUAUUCAAACAAGCCUAUGUUUUAAAUAUUCUUCUUGUCGAUAUUAAAGGGGGUUUUUAUUACUGAAUGUUCCUACACUUCAUGUCCCAUAUGAAAGACACAAUACUGACAACCCUUGCGUUUACAUUACGCCGGAUUUUUUUAGAAACGUAGCGUUAUUUCAAUGGUUAUGCCUACGUACUGUACACGCUAAUUCGAAUGAACUCUCCCCUGAAACAAGACUUUUCGAUAACGCUUUUCAAAGUGAAUGAAUUUAAAACGCGGGCUUUAGACAUAACAAAGUCGUGGAAAAUAAAACUUUUCGAAAAAGCUGACGCACCUGCUAUCUUGUCUUUUUUUAUUUUUUUUCGGCGUAAUGCACACGCUUCAGGGUACAUUUAAGCGUUCCUAUCACCAGUAAUCGUAGUGUGAACACACAG